GUGGAACAGAUGUACACUGAGAUGGCUUCUCGCCACAGGGUCCGCCAUCACUGCAUCCAGAUCAUUAAGACUGCCACCAUUCCGGCUAAGCUUUGCAAGCGGGAGAGCACGAAGCAGUUCCAUGAUUCCAAAAUCAAGUUUCCGUUGGUGUUCAAGAAAGUCAGGCCACCUUCAAGGAAACUCAAGACGACCUAUAAGGCUACCAGGCCUAACUUGUUUAUGUAAAAUGUCUUUGAUCAUUAAGUGGAUUGAGUGGCAACUUUAAGUUACUGCAAUUUUGGUGCUCUGGACUAGUGGAUUCCACAUUCACUCGGAAAGGGGAGGAGAAAACACUUUUGUUGUGAUCACAAAUGAUUAUUAGAUAUCAGACUUCUAUAUUCUGUUUCGAGUUUGGUAUUUUGUUUGCUUGGACAGUUGGAAUCCUAGUUAUACAUCUCAAUGUCUUUUAUGUUGCA